AUAAAUUUUCAAAAUAAUAAAAUGUCAUUUAAAUCUUUAGAAAAUGUGUGAUAUAUAUCUAAAAUAUUUUUAUUUAAAUAUAAAUAUAAAAAUAAAUUUAAAUCAUUUUUGAGCAAAACUGUCAAUUCCUAAAUUGAAUAAAAAAAAUAUAAACUUAUAGAAAAAAUAGAAUUUUUAAAAUUAAACGAAAGAGGUUAUACAUGUAAGUAACGAAAAUAAGUGACAAAAAUAAUUAAUAAAAAAAAUUACUACAAAAAUAACAUUUUGUAUAUAUAUAUAUAUAUAUAUAUAUAUAUAUAUAUAAACAUAUACAUAUAUAUUUUUAUUUAAAAUAUUUAUUCAUUAUCUUAGAAUAUUACAAUAUUAUAUUAGUAUCUUAAUUCUUAAUAGUUACAUGUUAGUUAUAUGUUAAAAUUUUGUAAUUGUUCAUAUUUUAAAAAUAAAAAUAGAAAUUUAAUUAUUUGAUUUUAAAGUAUUAUUAUAAUUUUCUUUAUAAAAUUUCAAUCUCAACUUAUUUUCAAAGAUAUAAUAAAGAUUUAUAUUAUGUUAUUAUAAUAUUUAUAAAAUCUUAUAUAAAAAAAAUCAUAUGCAGUAGUUAUUAUAAUUAUUUUUCAUUAUAAUUAUUUAUAUAAAAUAAAUACUUCAAAAUUUUGACAAAAUUUAUUAAGCUGUAUUGUACAUAAAAAUAAAAAAAAUAUCAAAUGAUAUUUUACUAUGUCAUUAUUUAAUAUUUCUUACUAUAAUUUAAAUUAUACGAAUUGCAUAUUUAAUAAAAUCAUGGGAGAUUAUAACAAAUAACAAAAUUGUCAAGUCUAUAUACUAAGAAAUUAAAAAUCUUGACACUGUUGCCAGAUUUAUAUGAUUUUUAUCUAAAUUAGCUUAUAAAAAUCUCGUAUGAAAGAAUAAUUACCUUCAUGAAAAAUUGACAAUUUCAAAAUGUUAAUAAAAUGCGCAUAAAACAAUUCUUUGUUUUAAAAGACGAUUAUUGAAAAUCAAAUUUCAAUUAACAUUUGAACUAAUAUUUUAAUCCUGUAUCAUUCAUGAUACGUCAUCUGUUUGUCAUCUAAUUUUCAUGACGUCAUCAUUUUCUUUUCUUAGAAAGUAAUGAUAAUACAAUUGGUUUACGCCCAAAGUUAAAAUGAUGUUCAUGUAGAAUGAUAUAUAUAACUUGUAUAAAAAUACAAUAAUCAAUCAAAAAAAUGUUUAUUUCAAAAUUUCAAAAUAUAUGUUGUUAAGUUAUUUUAUUUUUAGUAAAUGUAUUUAUCCUUAUUGCAUUUAUUGUGUAUUUACUAUAAAUAUUCAUUGUUUUUGUAAAUAUUAUACUCAUAAAAUAAUAUUUUUGAAUUUUAUUUUAGUUAGAAAUGUGUAUUAAAUCGUGAAUCGUAAAAAUCGUGAUAGUUUCAAAUAUUUCAAUAAAAUGAAUCCAGAAAUUGUCGUUUUAAAUGAUUCAAAUGAAUCUGAUAUAUCUAUUGAAUCGAAUGAUAAAUUAAAAAAUAUUAAAAAGAAAAAUAAAAAGAAAUGUUCAUUCGAUGACUAUGAUUCAAGUGAUUUUGAAUUUCCCGAAAUACAAUUCUAUCAUCUCAUUGCUGAAAAUAAUGAAGAUGAAUUACAAAAUAUUUAUAAUAAACAUUCAUUUAUUUCUAAUAUUCAUGCAUCAUCAUAUCAAACUAAUGAUAAAUAUACUGUUAAUAAAAAUUUAAAACAAUAUAAUAUGAUUAAAAAGUCUUCAUGUAGUGACAACAAUUCAUUUAAUUUUGCUAAAAAUUCAGAUGAAAAAAACAGAAACAUUGCAAAACAAAAAAAAGAUAUUUUAAAAAAAGAAGAAAAAAUUCAACAAAUGAUGAAAAAAAAAGCAUUAAAAGCAAUUGCAAUUAAAAAAUCAAAAAAUAUAAAACCUGGUGAAUGUUUGAAAUUUAUGGAAAUUGUUAUUGAUAAAGAUAUUGAAAAUUUUUCUUAUAUUACAGAUAUAAUAAGUACAUUAUUAAAUACUAGUUUGCAAUAUAGCAUUAAAUCACAAUUCAUUUCAAAUAGUAUUACAUGGAAAAGGAACAUUGAAAAUCACUAUGUUAAUGAAAAUAAUGAAAUAUGUGCUAUAACAAAUACUGAAAAUAUUAACCAAAUAUUGAUAAUUUGGAAUUGGGAUGAAACGGUAAUAAAAGUUGCAAAUGAUAGCUUUUGUACAUCUAUUUCUGAUAUAAAAUCCUUAUUACCAAAUUACAAAAUAAUAUUAGUAAUUUUUGGAAUAGAAAAUUAUUUUGAAUAUAAAAUGCAAGAAAAAAAUUCAGAUAAAAGUGAAACAAAAAACAAAACGCAAAAAAUUAAUUCCAAAAAUAAUCAUGAAUAUAAAAACUUUGUAGAAAUAUCAAGAAGACAACUUGAAACAUGUCUCAAUGAAAUACAAAUUUCUGCGGAUUGUAGCAGUAGAUUAAUUAAUAAUUCUCAAGAUUUGGCAUUAAUGAUAUAUCAAUGUACAAAAGCUAUAGCAGAAAUACCAUAUAAACUAGAAAAAAAUAAAAGUUUAACAAAUAAAUUUAAUUGGUACAUAUUAGGAGACAAUAGAAAUACUGUAAAAGUAGAUAAAGAUGGAAAUGGAUUAAAAAGACUAUGGCAGCAACAGCUUUGUCAAUUUAAUUUGAGUAGUCUUGAAAUUGCAGAAGCAAUUUGUUCUGUAUAUCCAUGUCCUGCAGAUUUAAUAAAAACUUAUAUAAACUGUACAGAUGAUGAAGGAAUAAAUUUAUUGAAAGAUAUCCCGAUUAGAAGAGCAGCUGGACCUCUUACUGCUAUACGUAAAGUUGGUCCGGAAUUAAGUAAAAAGAUCUAUUUAAUGUUCACAUCUAAAAAUGGUGAAAGUGUAUUAAGUUGAAUAUAUUUUUUAAUAAAAUUUAAUAAAGUACAAAUAGAAAUAUCAUAA